AUUGAACUCAUAUGAAAAAUUCGAGUAGUUCAAAUCGACAUUUUCUAUGUUCAAAUCUGCUAUCAAAUUUGGUUCGUAUUGUCUUCCUAAACAAAGUGUAGUCAUACUAUAAGAAUUAAUACUUCUAAUGCCGCUGCGAAAAAAAACAACAAAACCAGAACAGCUGCUUACUUACAUAACCUAUGCCAAUUGAUUAAAAACAAAAUAUUUUCAAGUUUGUAAUGUCGGCUUUACGAAAUUUGUUCACACAGCGCGCCUCUACCGGUUUAUCUCUGCACAGGCUCACAUCUGCGUUAUAUAGUACAAAUGCUUCUGCUGGUAGUACAGUGGUGACACAGAACGUUGCAUCUCCUGCCGCUAAUGUAGCAGCUGUCGAGAAGGAUAAACUUUUUAGCAAAUUAGAAAUCGAAUUACGUGGCGUAGAUCCAGCAGUGUUAAAAAGUUAUGCAUGGUUUGCCACAACAGCAGCAAGUCAUUUGAAUAUUGAAACUGGAAAGUGUUGGGCCGAGCGUAAACCGUAUCAUGACCGUCUAACUCUACUAAAAUCGGUGCAUAUUUAUAAGAAACAUCGAGUGCAAUAUGAAGUGCGCACAUACUUUAGAUACCUAAAUUUCCACAAACUUACCGGUUCGACGUUGGAUACCUUCUUGGAAUACAUUGAGCGUAAUUUACCGGAAGGAGUAGCAUUGAAUGCAACGAAAACAGAGAUACAAGAAAUACCAGAACACUUAAGACAACCACCAAAUGAAAUUUAAAGCUUCAAUGUAUUAGUUAUAUUGUAAUCCAUUUGUACCAUAAUUUAUGGAUAAAUAUACUAUAAGAUAAUUGUAAACAUAA